AUGGCGAUGAUAGCAUUUUCUAUUCUCAUUGUCCUAUUACUUCUAAUCAGUGCUUUUCUAAUUUAUUUUAAUGUCACAAGGCUUAGAAAAAAUCAGAAACUUGAAGAACUUGUGAAGAGAAAAACUUCGAAAAAAAUUGGAUUCGGGAUUUUGGCACUUUUGCUAAUUGUUAUUGUUUUGAGUGGAAUUGCGAUUUAUUUUUGGGAAAAUCGGGUGGAAAAUGAUGGGAUUUUGAUGAAUUCCAGUGAGAAGAUCAAAAAUGCACAAAAAACUUUGGAAACUAUUGAUUUCCCGUCGGCUCGAACUCGGAAGUUGUUGGAAACUUUUAAUGAUACAAUCGUCGAGAAAAUUGGAACGCAAACUGAAUUAAAACUAGCGAUGAAAGUAAGUUUUCUCUAUGGAAAAUGCUAUGGAAAAUUAAUUUUUCUCCUAGAAUUUGACAGAUUAUCGGAGAUCGAUUGAUACAGAAAUAUAUGCGUAUCACAAAAAAUAUGGAAAAAUCAUUGAGAAUCUGAAUCUCGGCGAAGACUGUCCACAAGAUGAGUAUGAUAUAUUGGGCGGCUAUUUAAAUGAAACAAAACCAAAAGUGAUUAAAGUUAUGUCAGAUGUGCAAUUAAAUGUGGGAAAAAUGUCUGAAAAUCUGGCAAUCAAGGCUAACGAUUUUCGGGUAUCAAAAAUGAAUGGAAGCAAAGCGAUAAUUGAGAAACAUAUCGGAAAUUUGACUGUAAGUUUUUUUUCAUAAAAUUAAAUUUGUUUCCGAAAAGUAAAAAUGUUAAGGUUGAAAUUGUUCAAGUUUACAAAAUCGUCAGAAACAUGGAAAAUGUUAUAAUCAAUUUUCUAAACUCAUCUAAAUAUAUCACAAUGAAUAAAAUGCUGUCAGAAAUCACAUUUAGCAUAAUAAUUGUGAUUUCUUCAAUUCUUCUCACAAUGAUUAUUAUCACAUUCAUAAUUAAGACAAAAAAUUGGCCAUAUUUUGUUACAACAAUUUUCGGAUAUAUUGGAUAUUUGUUGAUUUUCAUUAUCUCGAUUGCAGUUUUGAUUUGUAUGAUUCAUUUAGAAUCUAUAACUUCAAAUUGUCAAUUGGAUUCUAUUAAUGAAGAUUUGGAACAAUUCAACAAGUAAGAUAGCCACGUGAAAGAUGCACUAUGAUAUAUUUUUCGAAUUUUUUUCCAGAGAAUUGAAUAAUUAUUGCCCAUUGGAAAAUAGUUCAAUUUUUACAAUGCCAGAAGACAAUUUGCAUUUGUCAGAAUCUAUUCUUCAAAAUUUCAAAUCUGAAAUCAUUAUUCUCGAAACGGAAUUGACAAAAAUAGCAGAAGAUGGUUCGAAAGAAAUAUCAAAAGCGAUGGGAAACAAAUUCGAAAUUCGUCGUAAAAAACGCGAAACUAAUUGUCAGAUAGCCGAAAAAAAGACUGCUGAUUUGCUAUUCGAUAUAGAAGUAUUUAUGGAGAAAAUUUUGGAUUUUGAAGAUCUUUUUAGAAAAGAAAAAAGACCAAAUAUCAUGGCAAAAUUGAAUAAUAUUGGUGGAAAUAUGAAAAGUAUUCUAAAUGACACUUUGGAGAAUAUUACUGUAGAUGUGCAAUUAUCAAUUGACAAUAUUAAUGUGAGUUUUGAUUCGAAAACCAUUUUACGAAAAAUAUUUUGAUCACAGAAAAACAUCGAUUCGGAAGAAUUCAAGUGUUCAAAAAUACAAGUCUCGUUUUCUAGAAAGAAUAUUUGUGGAAUUUUAUUGGAUCAUAACUUGGCAGUUUCAAAAUACUCGUAUUUUUUGUUCGCAAGUUUAUUAUUGAUUGCGAUCUCUUCAUCAAUUUCUGCUUUUUGGGCUCAAUCGCUGUAUAAAAAUGCUGAAUAA